UGAGGGGAGCGGGGCGGAGGAGACUUGGCGGAGUUGGAGCGCGGCGCGUCCCCCCCCCGCCUCACGCACCCGCCCCGGCCGGCCCUGCCCGCCCCGCUCGGUCUCCGUCCCGCCGGGGCCCGCCCGGGGCCACCCCCAUGGCUCCUCAGAAGCACGGUGGAGGAGCGGGGCCCAGCUCGGGCUCCGCUGGCGGCGCCGCCGGAGGAGGAGGUGGCGGCGGAGGAGGCGGCGGGUUCGGGGGCUCCGCCGCGGCGGCGGCUCCCGGCGGCAAAUCCGGCGGUGCCGCGGGCGGCGGCGGCGGCGGAGGAGGCAGUGGGUACUCGGGCGGCUCCUCGGCCUCCUCGGCAGCGGCGGCGUCGGCAGCGGCGCUGCCCCCCGUGAAGAAGCCGAAGAUGGAGCAGAUCCAGGCCGACCACGACCUCUUUCUUCAGGCCUUUGAGAAACCAACACAGAUAUACAGAUUUCUACGUACCCGGAAUCUUAUAGCACCAAUAUUUUUGCACAGAACUCUCACUUACAUGUCCCACAGAAACUCCCGAACAAAUAUCAAAAGGAAAACAUUCAAAGUAGAUGACAUGUUAUCAAAAGUAGAGAAAAUGAAGGGAGAACAAGAAUCUCACAGCUUGUCUGCUCAUUUACAACUUACAUUUACUGGGUUCUUCCAUAAAAAUGAUAAGCCAUCACAAAACUCAGAGAAUGAACAAAAUUCUGUAACUCUGGAAGUACUGCUGGUGAAAGUUUGCCACAAGAAACGAAAGGAUGUCAGUUGUCCAAUAAGACAGGUUCCUACAGGUAAAAAGCAGGUGCCUUUAAACCCAGACCUCAGCCAAAUAAAACCAGGCAACUUCCCAUCACUGGCAGUUUCCAGCAAUGAGUUUGAGCCAAGCAACAGCCACAUGGUGAAGUCUUACUCAUUGUUGUUCAGAGUCACUCGCCCAGGAAGGAGAGAAUUUAAUGGACUGAUCAAUGGCGAAACUAAUGAAAACAUUGAUGUCAAUGAGGAGCUUCCAGCUAGGAGAAAAAGAAACUCUUCAAAUCGUGAAGAUGGGGAAAAGACAUUUGUAGCACAAAUGACUGUAUUUGAUAAAAACAGACGCUUGCAACUUCUGGAUGGGGAAUAUGAAGUGGCCAUGCAGGAAAUGGAAGAGUGUCCCAUUAGCAAGAAAAGAGCAACAUGGGAAACAAUUCUGGAUGGGAAGAGGUUGCCUCCAUUUGAAACAUUUUCUCAGGGUCCUACACUUCAGUUUACUCUUCGUUGGACAGGAGACACAAAUGAUAAGUCUACAGCUCCUAUAGCUAAGCCUCUUGCAACACGAAAUUCUGAAAGCCUCCCUCAAGAAAACAAGCCCAACUCUGUUAAACCUACUCAGACUAUAGCUGUGAAAGAAUCUUUGCCUACAGACCUUCAAACAAGAAAAGAGAGAGAUGUGUUAAAUGAACCUCGACAGAAGUUGCGAAUAUUUUACCAGUUCCUUUACAACAAUAACACGAGGCAGCAGACCGAGGCCCGCGAUGACUUGCACUGCCCCUGGUGCACUCUGAACUGUCGGAAACUCUAUAGUUUACUCAAACAUCUCAAACUCUGCCACAGCAGAUUCAUCUUUAAUUAUGUUUACCACCCCAAAGGUGCUCGGAUCGACGUGUCCAUCAACGAGUGCUACGACGGCUCGUACGCGGGGAACCCGCAGGACAUCCACCGCCAGCCCGGCUUCGCCUUCAGCCGCAACGGGCCCGUCAAGAGAACGCCCAUCACACACAUCCUGGUCUGCAGGCCGAAGCGCACGAAAGCGAGCAUGUCGGAGUUCCUGGAGUCGGAGGACGGCGAGGUGGAGCAGCAGCGCACGUACAGCAGCGGCCACAACCGGCUCUACUUCCACAGCGACACCUGCCUGCCGCUGCGCCCCCAGGAGAUGGAGGUGGACAGCGAGGACGAGAAGGACCCCGAGUGGCUGCGGGAGAAAACCAUCACCCAAAUUGAAGAAUUUUCUGAUGUGAACGAAGGAGAGAAAGAAGUGAUGAAAUUAUGGAACCUUCAUGUUAUGAAGCACGGGUUUAUUGCCGACAAUCAAAUGAAUCAUGCCUGUAUGCUGUUUGUUGAAAAUUACGGACAGAAAAUCAUCAAGAAGAACUUGUGUCGAAACUUUAUGCUCCACCUGGUCAGCAUGCAUGACUUUAACCUCAUCAGCAUCAUGUCCAUAGACAAAGCCGUGGCCAGGCUCCGAGAAAUGCAGCAGAAGCUGGAGAAAGGGGAAUCGGCCUCCCCGACAGACGAGGAAUCUUCUGAGGAGCAGAGUGGGACAGCAAACGGAUACAGUGAAAACGCCGGGAGAGAGAGGAGUUCAGAAGCAGAAAGCAUCUCAGGUGUCACCAAACAGAGCAAGAAGCAGAAGCUCUGAAGUCAGAAAUCAGCUGUCAUUCAGUGGACAAGCAUUGAAGUGACAUUCUAGGGUGCAUGAGCUCUAUAAAGAAUUACACACAGAGAUACAGAGAUUCCAAACAGGCACUGCUGGAUGGAAAUAAAUGAUUUCAACAAGGAUAUUAUUUAAACAGGGUUUUUAUUCAGUUACUUAUGCAAGUACUACAUGUAUAUUGGUUUUGGUGAUGUAAUGACAAUAUUCUAAGAGUUUGAGCAUGAAGAGCAAUAUAAAAAUCUUUUUGUAAUUUUAGUAAUUAGUGUCUUAAGAACUUUAUGGAAUUUACAUAAUUUAAGUAUAUGUAAAACCGUUUUUAUAUUAAGAUUUUUGCAUCUGUAUCUGGCUGUUUUUCCUACCAUGAAGUUGUGAAACAUUAGGGAAAGGGAAUUGGGAUACAGUUUCUGCUUUUCUUAUUUAGAAAUUCUCCAGUUAGCUUUUUGUGAAAAUAACAUCUGACUAUUUACAGUUUAACCUCAAUCCUUGUAUUUGAAAUCAUUUAUCAAUUGAUCAUAAAUUAUAAAUCAAUUUUUUCUACACUAAAAAUCAUCAAGUUGGCGAACUUAGCACUUCCUUUGUCUCGUGCCUGUUUGGAAAGAUCCUGGCUUUUCACAUUCCAGACACAGUGAAGUACCGCCUUGGCUUUUUGAGGUUUAACCAGCAGUUUGGGUUUUGUGGAUAAUUCCGAUGCAUCGACCGCCCAGUGUGUACCAUUUCAAACUUGAACAUUUAGCUCCUUUAUAUUUUUAUCACACAUUUACACAGCUCCAGAGAGGAUGUGGGUGCUCGUGUCCGUCUGCAGGCGCCAGCUCCCGCAGAGUCCCCGCCUCAGCACACCCUGCAAGGCCAGGCCGCGCUGAGCUCUGGCUUUCGAGAUGCCACUCUUGAGGGAAAAAUGCACUGUAAAAUUGGACCACAAAAUGUGUUGCACUUCUUAUGUAAGUAUUCUGUGAUGUAUUGUAUUCAAUACAGAUACUAAGAUGCUGACUGAACUAUAUUUGAGCAGUUUUGCACUGCUGUUAACACAUUUUAUGCAUACGUUUACAGAUUUUUUCCAAUGGAAAGUGGUUUCACUACUGGUACAGUAUCAGCACCGAAGGGUUUUAUUCCAGCAAGCACUGUGGUUGAGUGACAUCACCUCAAUUUUUUAUUAUCCUUAAAAUAUUUCAUUUUUCAUAUUCUUUAUUUAUAAAGGAACAAUGCUGCUGUAAAUACAGGUAUUUUUUGUUUUUUAUUUCAUUCCAUCACCAUGAGAUGCAGUUCCCUAUUUGUUGAAGGGGUAUAUAAGCUUUCUAAUGGUGUCUUCAGAAAUUUAUAAAAUGUAAAUACUGAUUUUGAUGGUCCUUAAGAUGUGUUUAACUGUGAGACUAUUUAACUAAUGGUGUGGAUGUGAUUCGUCAUCCAGUAUUAAGUUCUUAGUCACUGAUUUUGUGUACAAAAUAGGAAAGAGGGAAACUGCAGCUUUUCAUUACAAACUCCUUGAAUUGCCAGCUCUCUUGAGUUUUAGCAGACUCUAAUUAUGCCUCUGAAUAGUACAUCAUGCAUUUCUCUCUGGCUUUAAUUUGCUAAAGCUGUGCACAUACGUAAAAAAAUAGAUUAUUUUAGGGGAGAUGUAGUUCUAGAAUUAUUGCUUAUGUCAUUUCUUAAGCAGUUAUGCUCUUAAUGCUUAAAAGAAGGCUAGCAUUGUUUGCACAAAAAGUUGGUGAUCCCCCCAAAAAUAGUAAUGAAAUUACUUCUGUUCAGUAAACUUUGUAUGUCAUGUCAAUUUAUAAUAAAAGCUGAAAAAAUC